UCUAGUAGUGACACUCUUACGCGUCGAAACUACCUCACUUCACUUUGCGCAAUGGCCUUCGAAUUCACCGAAAUAGGCGAUCCAGUUUACCGAGCUACCUGCACCGAUCGCGGCCAGGAGGACUACCUUCUGGUUCGACCAACCGAUUCCAGCUCGGUUCCGGUGACGCUACCAAGCUGGAGCCCCGAACCGUGCUGCUUGAACAAGAGAUUUACAGGGUAUGCGGAGCUGUUCAAGAACUUGGAUGUUCGUCCGGACGACGUUUGGUUGGUGACGUACCCGAAGAGUGGAACCACCUGGUGCCAGGAAAUGAUUUGGCUCGUUUGCAAUGACCUCGAUUACGAACAAGCGAGUGAGAUAAGCCUGGCUAAGCGGUUCCCCUUCGUCGAUAUGACCGCCUUACGGGAUCUGCCAGAAGGGAAGGAUCCCUUUGAGGACACCCUAGCGAUGCCAUCGCCACGAUUCAUCAAAAGUCACCUUCCGGUAGCCCUGCUUCCUGAGCAGCUUUGGACCACAAAACCGCGACUGGUUUACGUUCGCCGGAAUCCGAAGGCCGUGGCCGUUUCGUACUACCACCACUCGGUCAUGUUCCACAACUACAAGGGAACCAUGGAACAGUUUGUGGAGUCUUUCGUGAAGGACCUUGAGUACUACUCGCCGUAUCAUCGCCACGUGCUGGAGUUUCACAACUUGGACUACGGAAACAACCUUCUGCAUCUCUGUUACGAGGACAUGAAGACGGAUCUCAAAGCAACUCUACGUAAAGUGUGUCAGUUUUUCGGGAAAUCGUACUCCGAAGAGCAACUCGACAAGCUCGAGUCUCAUCUGUCGUUCGAUUCCAUGAAGAACAACAAAGCCGUGAACGUUCAAGAUUGGGUCGAGUUUCAGCUGCAGGCUACCAAUCGAACGGAUAGGUUGGGCGAUCAAAACUAUCGGUUCAUGAGGCGCGGUGAAUCCAACGGAUGGCGGUCGGAACUUAGCGCUGAGUUGGUGCGGCAGUUGAACGAGUGGAAUGAGCGAAAGGUGGCCGAAUGUGGCCAAGGGGAGCUGUUUAGUUAUAAGGAGUAGUUGAAUACUACAAUAAACUUUAACAGUGUAGUAAAUUCAAUAAUUAGAAUUAACAUAAGCAUUUUAGGACGCCCUAUUCACGGAUGAAAAUUCAGGAUUUCUCGUUAGGAGUUGAUGGGAACCGAACCUAGAACCAUCCGCUUAAAAAGCGAACGCCAUUACCACGGUAAUUUCGUAAUAAAACGUGAGUCAAUAAAACAUUUAAUUUGAUAACAUAA